AUGAGUUUGUUUGUUGUUGGGUUAGGUCCUUUACCAAGCAAAGAGGAUCGGGCAACAAUGCUUAUUGGAGGCAUGGACAUUUCAAGUUUGAUGGUCUAUGUGAAGCAAGGAGAGGAAGAGAAGAUGAAAGAUGGAGAGGGGUUCAAGAACAAGAGGUCUAAUAUAGGGAAUGAGUCCGGGCAGCAGAAGAAUAAUGUUAAUCGGUGUGAUAGACACCACUCAGGUAAGUGUCGUGAUGGACAGACAAACUGCUACAAGUGCGGUCAAGAGGGUCACUUCAUGAAAGAGUGUCCUAAAAAUAAGAAAGGUAGUGGAAAUUUGGGCAAUAGAUCCCAAUCUUCAUUAGUUACUCAACCAGACAGUCCUUCACCUAGAGGAGCAACUUCUGGUACUGGCGGAGGAGCAAAUCGCCUUGAUGCAGUCACUAGUCGCCAAAACAAAGAGAACUCUCCAGAUUUUAUCAAUGGUAUGAUCAAAGUCUUUGCUUUAGAUGUUUAUGAUUUACUAGACCCAUGA